AUGGCGGCUUAUGGAAGCACACGAGACGGUCCCUUGGAGAAGAAGAGGAAGAAGGUGGUUGUGUGGAGCGAAGAGGAAGAUGUCUCGACGCCUGAUCCGUUCGCGUGGGUUUAUCCUGGCUCCUACUACUUGGCGGCCAAGAAGAUGGAACAGGCCAGACGCGAUGAAGAAUCAGCUCCCCGCCCUGUGAACAUCCCCACGCUCGAUGACUUCAAACCACCGACCAGGUUUCACACUGCCCAGCUCUUCUCCGUCCGUGAAUCUGGAAGCCAGGCCGUGCUCUCCGCUGCCAAAUUUCUCCUAGGGGUUUCAUCCUCUCUUGAUGGUGAACCGCUGAGACGCUGCUCCGGCUUCUGGGUCGAUUGGGAUGAGGGGAACAAAACCGGCCUUGUUUUGACAACUGCGCGGCUCAUUCGCACAAAGGAUGCUCCUGACAACGUCUCGUCAGGCGGCGAACAGUAUGCCCCUCGUGCUGAUGUCACUGUUCAUUUGUUAAAUGGCACUAGUGCAAAGGGCGAGCUGGUCUACUAUCAGCCCCAUUACGAUAUCGCUUUCUUGAAUGUUAAGGUGGAUCAACCAUUCAAGUUACCAUCUCUUCGUGAAAAAGAUGUAAAAUUUGCUGAAGAGGUUUUUCAGCUCGGAAGAGACAAUUCCUUAAAUCUAAGGAUAACAUAUGCUAGGGCAAAGUAUAUGAAUCCAACCAUGUUUGAGCGGCACCACAACAUGUACUUUCAUUCUCUAGAUGGCCAUUACUAUGAUAAUGAGUAUGACAACGGGGGGCUAGUUAUUGACUUGAAUGGAAAAGUUGCCGGAAUGGUCAACAACCCUGAGGGAUUUGGGUCUUUUAUACCUUCUUCCAUCUUGCUCAAUUGUUUGGAUUCAUGGAAGAAAUAUCGGUACAUCCCUCGGCCCCAUCUUGGGAUGACAUUUAAGGCCGUCAAGCUUCUACAGCCUGCUCAUGUUGACAUGUUAUGGCGCAUGUGUAACAUUGAUGAUGGUCUUGUUGUUCAGGAGGUAUAUAACGCCACUAGUAGAAAAAGGUCCAUUAGUCCCGGUUCUGGAACCGGGACUAAAGAUUCGGUACUAAAGGCCCCCUGAGUAUGCUUAACUUUCGGGUUCUAUUCUCCCUCGUUUCCAAGU